AUGUGGAUCGUCGACUGGUUCUGGGACAUGCUGGCCUCGCUCGGCCUAGCAAACAAACACGCCAAACUCCUCUUCCUCGGUCUGGAUAACGCUGGCAAAACAACCCUCCUCCACAUGCUCAAAAACGACCGCGUCGCCAUCCUCCAACCCACCCUCCACCCGACCUCGGAAGAACUCUCCAUCGGCAACGUCAAAUUCACCACCUUCGACCUCGGCGGCCACCAGCAAGCCCGCCGCCUCUGGAAAGACUACUUCCCCGAAGUCAGCGGCGUCGUCUUCCUCGUCGACGCCAAAGACCCGGAGCGCUUCCACGAGAGCAAGGCGGAGCUGGAUGCGCUGCUGAGCAUGGAGGAUCUAAACAAGACGCCGUUCUUGGUGCUGGGGAAUAAGAUUGAUCAUCCGAAUGCGGUGAGUGAGGAUCAGUUGAGGCAUGAGUUGGGGUUGUAUCAGACGACGGGUAAGGGAAAGGUGCCGUUGGAGGGCAUUAGGCCGAUUGAGAUUUUCAUGUGCUCGGUGGUGAUGAGGCAGGGGUAUGGGGAGGGCAUUCGCUGGUUGUCGCAGUAUGUGUAG